AUGCGUCCUUUCACUUAUGCUGCGUUAUUCGCCGGUACUGCCAUUGCGCAAGGUAGUGCCAGUGCGCAAGAGUCUGCGACAAUCUUCAACCUCUUCCAGUUCGAUAGCACCCUCACCGUGCUUGGUUCCGAUGCCAGCGCAACAACCUACCAGAACAGCUGUCCUUCAGACAAUGCGGGUAUCUCUGCAGUGCCGACCGAUAUGCUAAACACGGACGACCCGUCUGCGCCUGAUUCGACUCCGAUACCUACACCCGCGCCUCGCAUGCGCCGUCAGGACGAUGCUUCCAGCGAUGAUUACUCCCUCUGCGAACCUUACACUAUCAUACAAGGUUCUGAGACAUAUGAGAUGCACCUCACAGACCCGAGUCCAGGCGCAUGGACUGUGGACAUCGCCUGCAGUUGGCAAGGUGCGAUGACAACAGCUGACCUAACCUGUGAUGCCACCAACCGCGGAAUCAUCCCAGGUCUCAGUACCACCGAGACGAAGAGUGUUUUGUCGGCGAGCGAGCUACAGGAUAUGGAAGCUUACCAGGUGGUGGCUUUGGUGACUGCAAGCGGUGCGUCUUCGUCGGGAUCAGCUUCAGCGACUCAAACUUCAGCAUCUACUGGCUCAGGGACAGGGGCGACAUCACCUUCAAGGUCUGGAUCUGGUACCGCUGCAACGAGCACUGGUCUUGCACCUGCUGGAUCAAUCCCAAAUGUGAUGGCCCUGGUCGGAGGUUCCAUUGGUGUUUUUGCUGCAGCCAUGGCUUUGUGA